AUGUUCUUGGGCCAGGCUCGGCCGCAAGGUUCCUCGGGGGGGGCAGCGGGAAAAGGGUACAAGGCCAUGGCCCACUUCCCGCUCGGCGAAGACGGGCCAGGCGUAGUGGCUGAUGCGGGCGCUGGCGGCGGGCUCGCUGACGCGCGGCAGGCCGACGCCGGGCUUGACGGCGAGGCGCGCGAGGGCGAGGACGACGCGGGCGAAGACGUAGACGACAAUCUGCUGGUUAACGCUGGGGAUGCGGCCGGAGCGGGCGCCGCGGCCGCCGAAGACGAGGUAGCCGCCGAGGGCGCCGGCGAGGAGCGCGUCGUGGGGGCCCUCCUUGCCCGGCGUCGGGCCGUAGUGCUUGAGGAGGAGCAUGGUGAGCUUGUAGAUGGUGGCGAACUUGGCGAGGUUGCGGGGCGUGGGGUGCGCGUGGCGCGGAACACGAGGCCCGGCCUUCUCGCGGAGGGUCCGGAGCGGAAGAGGAAGAUCAUGGCUGUCCGGAGGCACACGGACGUUUAG